GCCAGUUCCGAGCCCCCUGAGCACAGGAGGUGGCAGAGUCCAGGGGCAGCAGAGAGACUGGGGACCCCAAUAGUUCAGGAAAGUAAAGAAAACUGUAAGAGAAGACGUGGGGCCUGCAGACAGGGCAGCUCGUGCUGGGCCCCAGAAAUCGCCUGGAGAGCACAGACCAGUGAGGGGUGAGCCAGGCGAUGGCCCGAGGCUCGGGGAUUAGAGCGUCCGAGCUCUGGGCACGCAUCCAGAACAUCUCCCUCCAGAGAAGUCACCGUGCUUAACGUGGAGGCUCAGGGACAAGGACGGCGCCCUGUGCUUGGGGACACCGGCCACGCACAGCAACAGAUUAAAAAACAACACCCCAACCCAAGCCCCGAUAUGUUCCAAACCUCAACCUGCCUCCGGAAGGGGGAAGUGAAACCCGGCUGGGGGUGAGGGGAGGCUCCGGGGCAGCCGCCCCAGGAAGCGCUGAGAGCUGCAGCACACACGCACAGCAGGGACCAGCCCGAUGGCGGCAGCUCCCAGCCACCCUGGCUCUGAGGAGCGGCAGGAACCGCUGGUGGAAGAAGGCACAGGGCUCGCCACUCAGUGGAGCGUGGAAGAUGAGGAGGAUGGCGCCCGGGGUCGGCGCCAGCAGGAGAGGGGCUGGCAGCUUCCGGCCCAGGAUGAGAACGAAGGAGGCCAGUCCCUGGUGCAGCUGGAGCGGGAGAAGCUCCUCAGCCCGAAGCCCUCGGAGGCCCCUGAACUGGACGAGGAUGAGGGUUUCGGCGACUGGUCCCAGAAGCCAGAGCAGCGGCGGCAGCACUGGGGGGCUGGGGAGACCACGGACGGUGGGGCCCCCCCUCGGGGCGCGAGUCCGGAGGGGGAGCAGGAGGAGGACAGGCCCCUCCAGUACACCUUUGGGAGCCAGGGUGGCGACGAGCUGACCCCAGCUGGGGUCUGUCUGGACGAGCUGCAUCUGAGCCCCGACUCAGAGCCCCAGGAGGGGCCGGGAACAGAGGACACAGAGCCCAAAGGCCCCGAGGGACCCGUCCAGGGCAGCCCAGGGCUGGCAGAGACCAAGGAGGCAGAUGAGCAGCACCAGAGAUGCCAGCAGCGCAGGACACCCAGCCCCUUGGUCUUGGAGGGGACGGAACCGGGCUCGCCUCCCCUGAGCCCCAGCACCAAACUCAGCGACAGAACUGAGUCCCUGAACCGCUCCAUUCAGAAGAGUAACAGUGUGAAGAAGUCCCAGCCAGCCCUGCCCAUCUCCACGAUUGACGAGCGGCUGGAGCAGUACACCCAGGCCAUCGAGACCUCUGGCCGGACCCCAAAGCUAGCCCGCCAGCCAUCCAUCGAGCUGCCCAGCAUGGCCGUGGCAAGCACCAAGAGCCGCUGGGAGACGGGAGAGGUGCAGGCUCAGUCCUCCGCCAAGUCCCCCUCCUGCAAGGAUAUUGUAGCUGGAGACAUGAGCAAGAGGAGCCUCUGGGAGAAGAAGGGAGGCCCCAAGGCUUCGGCGACGCUUAAGAGCACCCUGUCUCCGAAGAGGUACAAGUUUGUGGCCACUGGACACGGGAAGUACGAGAAAGUGCCCGUGGAUGAGGGCUCGGCGCCCUAGGCCGUCCUUCUUGCUUUCCCAAGACUGCAGCACCGCCGGCGGCACCUCCUGGCUCCCGACCCACGUGCCCGGGGGAGAGGCCGGCCAGAUGAACGCCCCCCGCCCCCCACUGGCCCUGCCGAAGAAGCUGCUUCUCAUGGUCUGCCUGGCCCGCAUGCACCCCCGACAUCCGCCACCUCUUGCUCCUGGACCCUCCAACCUCUCCCUCUGACCCCCAGCUCUGCCCCUCACAGUUCCGGGAGGAAAGGAACUCUGGCUGUUGGUUGGCAAAAGGACCACCUCCAGAGAAGCCGCAAGCUCCCAGGGAAGGCGCAGCCAGUGCAGAGAGAGGCCACGUGCCGGGGCCUCCGUGUCAAGAGCCACCAACACCCGCAACGGCACUGGCCCCCCCCACUCCCCCCCCAACCCCGCCCCGCUUGCAGCCCUCCACUUUGUGCAGUAAACUCCCUCUGGUGUCUCCA